AUGGCUACCCAAUCCGGAAAAGACACCCUCAGGCGAAAAACCCCAUCUCAUGAACGCAGAGAAUAUCUCACCAACCCCCCAAACUUCCCAACCUCGUCUUCGAGGCGCGACCGUAUCUCCCUGGAAAGAAAAGUAUGGGAAGACAAACGACGUGACUACGAAAAAAAUUACGGAUCCGUUGACUCUCAAAAACUGCCAAGAUCUGAAAGCUCAGGACAGAAUUCAUCGAAAAAGAAGUCGGGAAACGGUUCAGAUCAUGGAUGGGGAACGAUAAACGGAUCUCCCACUGAAUCUUUAGAGGGAGAAGGAGGCGUACAUUGGCUCGAUGCACUCCUUGCUGAGAAUCUUUCGCUUGCUGAAUUUAAUGAUAGAAUAAACAAGAGAAAUUCACAACCCGACCCUGAUAUUGAACACCUCAAGCAGAAAAAUGCAGAAUUAGAUGCCACAAUGCAACGCCACAAAGAAAAAGCAGCAGCGAUUCUCAAAAGGAAAGAAGAAUUAGCGGCAUGGAGAUUGACAAGGAAAGCACCGAGGAGAGUAGGGCGGGUUGGAGACCGAAGUACGACUGAAAAUGAGUACCAGAGAGUGGAGAGAGAGAGAAGUAGAAGACAUAGAGAAUACGGUGAACCAUCUCAGCUACUUGAUUGGGAUAAGCCGAGACUCUGGAAUGCUGAUGAAGGAAAAGCGAAGGGAUAUGAGGAUAUGGAGGAUUGGUGGAAGCCGACCCAGAAUGAAUCUCAGGAUUCUUCGACAAAGGCUGCAGAUGAGGCAAAGCCUACUAAACCUUCAGAUUCGGAAAAAUCAAAAGGGUAUGAGGAUGUAGGGGGUUGGUGGAAGCCAUUUCAGAGACCACCCCGGGAAUCUGUGACCACGACUCUGAAAGAUCCAGUGCGUGCUAAGCCUUCAGUCAAAAGUGCUAAAUGGGGCGAAGGUCUCGGUGCGGGCGGAAAAUAUGUACAGCCUUUUGCCGGUGGUCAUCUACCUUUCCAUAACGAACCCGAGAGUCCGCUAGAUGCAGCGGAGAGGCUAGAAAACCAACUCGAUGCAAAUGAGGAAUACAAACACAAAUACAAAGGUUCUUCAGUCAAGAAGGUUCGAAAGCCACUCGACGUAAAUGAAGAAUACAAACAUGAACAUGAAAGUUCUUCGGCUAAGAAGGUGCAAAAGCCACUCGAUGCAAACAAGCAAGAGAACGUUAAAAAGUCUUCACUCAUCGAAGAAACAAUUCAAAAGUCUCCACUAUUGUAUUUUCAAAACGAUCACGCAGCAGACGUGACUUGGAUACAGAUUCUGAUACUCGUAGUGACUGGAAUAUUAAUAGCAGAAUUGGGGUUGAAGAUUGCAGGUGUUACAUCUGAUAGACAAGAUAUCAGUGGGAGUUUGAAGUGGGGAUUAGGGAAGACAGUUGAAUAA